AAAAAAAAUUAAUGAGCCAAGGUAAAGCUCACUUAAAAAUCGUUUUUUGGAAUUCUCGUAGUAUAAUACAACGCAAAAACGAACUACCCGAUAUUACGCGAACCAUCGACAUCUUCAUAUGUGUAGAGUCGUGGUUAAGCCCGGAAAUUCAUUUCGAAAUUCCUGGAUUUUGGUCCUUUAGAAAAGACAGGCCUAAUGGGCAACGCGGCGGCGGUAUUCUAUUUCUAGUCCGCAAGAAUUUAUUAUACACGGAAUUAAAGCAAGUUUGUAUACAAACAAACAAGGUCGAAAUCGCUGGCAUAAGAAUCACAAACAUCGAUCCUCAAAUCGAUAUAGUCGCAUGCUAUAGACCACCAGGACAUAUACUAUCUCAGACUGAAUGGAAUCUAAUCACUAACUCUAUAGACUCCACGUCAAAUUCGAUUUUAUUAGGCGAUUUCAAUGCCCAUAACAAAAAAUGGAACUGUUCAAAUACAGAUACUAACGGUACCAGAUUAGAUUAUAGCAUAGAGCUAAAAAAUCUAUUUUUACAUAACACUAAUUCAGCCACACAUAUCAAUCUAUAUAACGGUUCUAAAUCUAAUAUAGAUCUUAUUCUCUCAUCUAUCUUGAUAUCAGACAAAAUUAACACAGAAGUCGCUGAUGAAACCUAUGGGUCGGAUCAUUUCCCUAUAACGAUAGAAGUUGAUGCAAACAGAGUUUUAAAUCCGCGCAAAAACAAUUCUUCUCCCGGCCUAGACGGAAUCGACUACGAAAUACUACAAAAGCUACCCCCUAAAUUCCAAUUACUCUUGCUUGAUAUUUUUAACGAGAUGUAUAAAAAAGGUGAAUAUCCCACUGAUUGGCAACACUCCUUUGUCCACAUGAUAGACAAACCCGGCAAAAAUAGCGUAAGACCAAUUGCUUUAACUUCGUGCGUAGGUAAAGUUUUUGAAGGCUUAGUUAAAAGUAGAUUACAAUGGUGGGCAGAGCAUGAGAAUAUUCUCCCAAAAAAUCAAGCAGGUUUUCGAAAAGGGAAGUCAUGCAAUGACAAUUUAGCUUAUCUCACGUUACAAAUAGAUCAAGCUCUGGCUAACAAAAAAGAAGUCCUUGCUACCUUUUUAGACGUUUCGGAUGCCUUUAAUAAUGUCUUACCUAACGUACUAAUAAAUAGACUGCUCGAAUUAAAAUGCUCCGAGCAAGUAAUUAGAUUCGUUAAAUUCUUGACGUUCGAAAGAUUUAUUCACACUAAUAUCGAAGGAGAUAAAACGAUAAAAAUCAGCAAAGGAGUACCUCAGGGAGGUGUCUUGAGUCCACUGUUGUAUCUCUUAUACGUUUCAAACAUUAGUAACAAAAUUGAUAAAGAUACAACAGUUCUCCAAUUUGCUGACGAUCUAGUUGUUUAUACAACCACAACAUCUCGUGAAAAAGACUAA